AUGAGUGACGAAUCAGGAGAGGUUUACAGCACCAAGGAAGAAACUGUGGCAGUUUUCCGUAAGCUAGCAUCAAAGCAGGAAAACCGAGUAUGUUUCGAUUGUGGGACGAAAAACCCUACAUGGACCUCAGUACCCUUUGGCGUAAUGUUGUGUAUACAAUGUUCUGCUGUACACCGUAACUUGGGAGUACACAUUACUUUUGUGAAAUCUUCUAAUCUCGACAAAUGGACAGUGAAUAAUCUGCGGAGAUUCAAACUCGGUGGAAACCACAAGGCUCGGGAAUACUUUAUGAAGCACAACGGUAAGCAAUUUUUAGGUACCAACGUGGACGCACGCAUGAAAUAUACCAGUUCGGUAGCUAAAAACUAUAAGACUCACCUUGACAAGCUAGUCGCUAAAGAUAUGGAACAAUACCCGGGACAAAUCGUGCUAACAGGUGAUGACGAAACCGGGGAAUUGUCAUCUGGAUCAGGAUCUAAUUCGGUGGGAUCGUCACAAAAUAACAGUGUUGACGAUUUUUUCUCAAGUUGGGAAAAGCCUCCUGCCGCUACAUCGUCUUCCCCUAAGAUUCUGACACCCUCGAGUACAGGCAAUUCCAGAAAUGCGUCAAAAACGUCAAUCUUGAGUGGUAACAGCAACAGAAGAAGAACCGCAACAGCUGCUCCUGGUGCCGCCAAGAAACACUCGAUUUUGUCUUCCGGUAGAAAAACGACACGCGUUGCUGCUCAAAAAUUGCAGAAAUCAGAAGCGGAAAGCAUGUUUGAUGACUUUGAAAAAGCUGCCUUGCUAGAAGCAGAAGAAGCUUCGCCGAAGUUAACAAGCAAAAGCACUUUGGAAACGAAAACGGUGUAUCAACAACCCACACCCGUGAGAAUAAAUUCCUUCGAUGAAGAAGAGGGCCAGGAGUAUAACGAUGGUGUCACAUUUGAUCAGGUUCGACAAGGGUUUGCAUCUUCGGAUGCUGAUACUGCUAAGCCCAAGCUUGCCAAACUAGGUUUUGGUAUGACCAUGAAUAAUGCUGAUCAACUUGCUAGCAAGGAACAAGAAGCAAAGAGGGCAGCAACUGGUCCCAAAUACACCGGACAGGUUGCAAACAAGUACGGAGCUCAAAAAGCCAUUUCUUCAGACCAAUAUUUUGGAAGGGGAAAUUAUGAUGAGCAAGCCUCCAAAGAGGCUCAAGAUAAAUUGAAGAGCAACUUCAAUAAUGCAACAUCUAUAUCCUCAUCCAACUAUUUUGGAGAAGAAGAACCGGAAGUCGACGAGUUUGGACGUCCAAGACUGAACACGCAAAACAGCGGAUUUGUCGAUUUCAACAGCGGGGCAGAUGAUGAAUUCCAAGUGAUCAAGGAUGCCGUUGAACAAGGAGCUCAGAAGUUGGGUAACUAUUUGAGGGAUUACUUAAGAAACUGA